UCGGCGCGCUGAGCCUGGAGCUUGCCUAGACCGAGGAGGCCGCCGCAGCGGUUGGCGGCGGGCGGAGCCGGCCGGCGGGCGAGACAGUUGCAGGGUGGAGCAUGAUUUUCCUGCCGCGUGGCCGGCCUGGUAGUGCACUGUGGCACUGACCUACCUACAUGUCCAUGUGUGAUUGGGCCCCGUGGUGACUGGCACAAUCCAGCCUGCCACCAUGGCGAAGCUGUUGGUGGCCAAAAUCCUCUGCAUGGUGGGUGUGUUCUUCUUCAUGCUGCUGGGCUCCCUGCUCCCCGUGAAGGUCAUCGAGACGGACUUUGAGAAAGCCCAUCACUCCAAAAAGAUCCUUUCCCUCUGCAACACCUUUGGUGGCGGGGUCUUUCUGGCCACCUGCUUCAACGCACUGCUGCCCGCCGUGCGGGAGAAGCUGCAGCGCGUACUGAGCCUCGGGCACCUGAGCACCGACUACCCGCUGGCGGAGACCCUGCUGCUGCUGGGCUUCUUCGUGACCGUGUUCCUGGAGCAGCUGGUGCUCACGUUCCGCAAGGAGAAGCCGUCCUUCAUCGACCUGGAGACCUUCAACGCGGGCUCGGACGCGGGCAGCGACUCGGAGUACGAGAGCCCCUUCGCGGGGGGCGUGCGCGGCCACGUGCUCUACGCCGAGGGCCACGCGCAUGCGCACGGCGCGGGCCUGAGCGUGCAGGAGCUGUCGCGCUCGGGGCCGCUGCGCCUGCUCAGCCUGGUCUUCGCGCUGUCGGCGCACUCCAUCUUUGAGGGCCUGGCGCUGGGCCUGCAGGAGGAGGGCGAGAAGGUGGUGAGCCUUUUCGUGGGCGUGGCCAUCCACGAGACACUGGUGGCGGUGGCCCUGGGCAUCAGCAUGGCCCGCAGCGCCAUGCGCCUCCGUGACGCGGCCAAGCUGGCGGUCACCGUGAGCGUCAUGAUCCCGCUGGGCAUCGGCGUCGGCCUGGGCAUCGAGAGUGCCCGCGGCAUGCCCAGCAGUGUGGCCUCCGUGCUGCUGCAGGGCCUGGCGGGUGGCACCUUCCUCUUUAUCACCUUCCUGGAGAUCUUGGCCAAAGAGCUGGAGGACAAGAACGACCGGCUGCUCAAGGUCCUCUUCCUGGUGCUGGGCUACGCUGUGCUGGCCGGCAUGGUCUUCCUCAAGUGGUGAGUCUCCUCCUCCUUCCUGUCCUCCGCGCUGUGACUGCCCUGAGCCCCUGGCCGCACUCAGGCCACGCCCCUUCCCACCUCCCUGGAGAGGGAGCCCGGGGUUGCGGCCUCCGCAGGUCAGGCCGCGCCCCCACCCUGGAUCUCACAUCUCCAUGCCCUGAUACGACUUUAAAAAUACUCUAAAGGAUUUGCCAGAGCUGUGUGGCCAUGUCAACCUUGGGCAGGGAAGGGUGCAGCUGGCGGGAGGUGGGGCCUGGUCUGCGUGUCCAGACCGGGUCAGCCCCAGACUUGCCCGGCCACACCCCAGCCGAAGACAGGAGCCUUGGCCUCCGCUGUGCCCAGGGCACAAGCAGCGGAGCAGCAUCUAGCAACUGGACUGGGCUGGCCUGGGCGACUGCUAGGCUCCAGCCAGGCACCGGCAUUGACCCACCCUU